UUUUUUUGCAGUCAGAAGAUGUCGCGAGAAAAUGUUUUACUGCUGAAAAGUGUAUUUUUCCUCUCUGUGCUGACUUCCGUCUGCUGUCUGUACGAGGAUCAAAUAGGGAAAUUCGACUGGCGGAGGAGUUUCGUGGGCAAACUGCAGGAUGGCUUCUUCGAUUCCGUGGGCAAUGAUCUGGUCCUGGUGACUGCAGAGGAGGGCGUGGUGGCGGGAUUGAGUGCCAAGACGGGGGACAUCGUGUGGCGGCAAGUGCUGGAGCGCAGUCCUCGAGGAGACAUCAAGCAUGCCGCUCUGUACAUGGACACGCAAUCUGCUCCGCCACAGAGCACCCUGCUGACGGUGACUGGACACAGUCCGGCCCUCAUCCGUGGCUGGAAUCCCACAGAGGGGCUCAUGAUGUGGGAAUGGAGCCUCACGUCGCACUAUUCUGAACACAAGGAGGAUCUCUGGUUCACUGAGAACCUCAUGCUUUACCACGUCAUUCCCUUCUGGGAGUCUCACAUCGAGGUGACACAGUACUAUGCCGCCACGGGACAGCAAAUGAAGCCUGGCAGCUCCAAGAUCAGUGCCGCGUGGCUGAAGAAGGACAAGUGCGUCCUGGCGCAGCCCUUCAUCGUCUGUGCCAUUGAGAAUCAAGUGAUUGGAGUGAAUCUGGUGUCGGACAAUGGACGGUUGUUCUCGAAAACUCUGCCCAAAUCCGCUCAGGCAGCCCCCAUGCCUGUGCCUGGUCUCCGGGCAGCGAUUUUCGUCAAUAACGAAUUGAUUUCUCUGGAGGAAAACUCCUUCAGUGUGAAUCUGGUGGAAAAUUCCAACUGGCACGUGGCUGAGAUUGAGAAUAAGCAAGUUUUCCUGCAAUCUGUCGUGCAAGAAGGGAACCUGAAGAUAAUUGCCACAGAUCUGGUUACUGGACAGUCACGUGGGGAUGUUGAAAUGACCGUUCCUUUGCCUGACUCCUUGGGAACACCCACAAUCAAGGCUGUGAAGUGUCGUCGGAAGACAGAUUCACAGCCACUCGCUUGUCGCAUCCUUCUGGACACAGAAGACAACUCAAUUGUACUUUUGCAGCAAGGAAAGGUCAAGUGGACACGCGAAGAAGCUCUGUCUCACGUUGUGGCUGUUGAGAUGGUGGAUUUGCCGCUGUCAGAUGACGAAGGAGCGAUUGAAGAUGAGUUCAACAGCAAAGAUGUGGAUAAUGGUGUUCAAUGGGACUUCUUUGGAGCAAUUGCCAGACGUUUGACUAGUCAAGUGUUUCAAGUGAAGAAUCUCUUCUUAACUGUUUUGGGCUUGGGAAGUCUCUCGACUUCCUCAAGAGUUGAUCUUCUCGUGAGAGAUUCCUUUGGGCUGCACAAAAUGAUUGUUCUUCUCACGGCAAGUGGAAAGCUGUAUGGCAUUGAUAAUAUAUCGGGAAAGGUUCAUUGGACGAAAUUCUUGCCAGAAAUUGAGGAUUUCACUGACAAUCAGUCCAUGAAGCUCAUCAUUCAGCGCACAGCCAAGCACUUUCCGCAUCCCGCACAGUAUGCUGUGGUGGGAAAGCAGCGGAAUUCGCAGAAUGGAAUCAUGUAUCAGUUCAAUCCAGUCACUGGUGAAGCUAUUCAGGGUGGGAUUGUGAGGCUGUCGCAUGGCAUUCAGCAAAUGACUGUGCUGAAUGAGGUGGAAUCGGAGAAUUUCUUGCGAGCUCUUCUCAUUCUCGAUGAAAAUGACAAGGCGCAUGUUUUGCCGGACAGUGAAAAGAGUCAGGCGAAUGAAAUGUUUCUGUACACGGUGAAAACAGAGGGAAUUGUUAAAGGAUAUCACGUUGAGGCUGAUAAGAAGGAUGUCACAGCAAAACUCAUUUGGAAAGUGGAUUUGAGUGGCGCAUCAAAUUCUCAUGUCAUCGAUGUGGCUGGAAAGAAUCCCACCGAACGUGUUCACUCUCAAGGCAGAGUUUUAAGUGAUCGAUCUGUUCUGUAUAAAUAUGUGAAUCCAAAUCUUGUGGCUGUGGCAACAUUUGGACUAGACAGUAUUCACAAAUACGUUAUUAAUGUCCAUCUAAUUGAUGUUGUUUCGGGAUCAAUUGUGAUUACUUUGACCCAUCGACGAGCCAGAGGACCUCUUCACAUGGUUCACUCGGAGAAUUGGCUGGUUUACUCGUAUUACAAUGACAAAGUUCGUCGAACGGAAAUUACCACAAUUGAGCUGUAUGAGGGAAAGAUUCAGGCAAAUAGCACCGUUUGGAGUUCCCUGAGUAAUCCACCAAUUCCAAUGAUCGAAAGACAAUCCUACAUAAUUCCAGCAAAUGUAUUUGCCAUGAAGGAGACAAUCACGGAGAAGGGAAUCACCAACAAGGAUGUUUUGAUUGGUCUCUCGACGGGCGCCAUUGUGGAGAUGCCUUGGGCUCUGCUCGAUCCACGUCGUCCUGUCACCACCACGCAGAAUCAGGCACGCGAGGAGGGCGUCAUCCCGUACAUUCCCGAGUUGCCGCUGCCCAGCGAGAGUGUCAUCAACUACAAUCAGUCCAUUGCGCGCAUUCGUGGCAUCUACACGGCGCCCAGUGGCCUCGAGAGCACGUGUCUGGUGAUUGUGCACGGCCUGGACAUGUUCGUGACACGCGUGGCGCCGUCCAAGACAUUCGAUCUGCUCAAGGAGGACUUUGACUACUUCCUCAUCUCCAUCGUGCUGCUCGGUCUCACGGUGGCGUCAUAUGUGGUGAAGCACUUGGCGUCGCGGAAGGCAGUGAAGCAGGCGUGGAAGUGAAAAAACAACCCAAAGUGCAAUUGCGAUCGAGUUCCACGCGCCAUUUCUAAUAGUUAAAUUGGAGAACAUAUUUCAUCACACCUGUUGAGAGGAGUUUUGCGGCAUUAUUAUUGUGUUGUGUGUGUGUUUGGAAUGUGUUGA